UGGCAAGGCGGCCGUCGCGCCAGGAUGACGUCAUGACGGGGUUUGUUUACUGCUACGUGUUCGGGAAGUGCUAGAAGAUCCGCGGCCGCUGUGUGACGGGCUCCCGGGGAGGAGGAGGUGGAGGACCCGGCACCAUGAGCUGGUUCAACGCCUCACAGCUCUCCAGCUUCGCCAAGCAGGCGCUUUCCCAGGCCCAGAAAUCCAUAGACCGAGUGCUGGAUAUCAAGGAGGAUGAGACAGCCUGGGCAGGUUCCAUCAUCACCCCCUAUGAGGAGGGCAGUGCUUCCAUCAAGGGUAGCUGGGAAAAUUCCAACUGGGGAGGACAGUCUGAGGAGGAUCAAACCCAGGUCAUCUUGUCACCAACGGCCAUUACCAGUCCUGUCAGAAGAACUGUGGUGGACGAGUCUGAGAACUUCUUCAGUGCCUUCCUCUCGUCACAAGAGGUUAAAACUGUACCGGUUAGCUCUGUGGUUUCUAAGCCUCCCACCAAAUCACAAAGGCCCAAAGAAGAAGUAAAGCAAAACCCACCCGAGCCUACAAUCAAACCGAUGGAGGACGACCUGUCCAGGGAUGAGAAGGAGCAGCAGGAACAUCAAGACUUGAAAAUAAUAGAGACAUUGCCUUUGGAAGAACUGGAGGAGCCCACCGAGGAGAAACGUGACCUAGAAAAGACCAUUCAGGAGUCUACUGACUGUUCUGAGGAUCUGAAAGGACAUCUAGAAGCAAAGUCAGAAGAAGACACCAUUGCUUCUUCUCCAACGGUUCCACCAGAAAAUAAGGACAAUGGGCUGGACCUCAAGGACCAAAAGCUUGAGGAUCGUCAGACUAAUACCCCAUCGCCUCCCAUCAGCACUUUCUCCUCUGGCACAUCCACAACUAGUGACAUUGAAGUGCUAGACCACGAGAGUGUGAUAAGCGAGAGCUCGGUCAGCUCCAGGCAGGAGGUGGUGGACUCCAAGGGAAACCUCAGCCUGAUGCAGAACUCCUUUCAGCUCCUGUCGCCCUCUGCAGAAUACGGCCGCUUGGAUGAAUUUCCUAAGCUGACCGAAAGCUGCUCUUCCUCUGAUGCCUUUGAAAGGAUUGACUCCUUCAGCGUACAGUCCCUGGACAGUCGCAGCGUUAGCGAAAUAAACUCAGACGAUGAGCUGUCGGGCAGGGGCUGCACCUUGGUGGCCAUUGCUGUUGGCACUACCAUCCCAAGCAUGGACAUUACUAGCUCAACAGAGAGCAAAACGGAUGAAGAAAUGAAUGAGACGACGCUGCUCGUGCACUCCAGCGAGGAUAUGGAGAUGGAGGAGAGCGGAAGGAGCGCCACUCCUGUGAAUUCAGAGCAGCCGGAUCUCCUGGUCGCUGCACUUCAGAUGCAGGAGCCGGAAUCAGUCUGGCAGGGAGAGUCGGCGGAGGAGCAGGAGGCUGACAAUGAGCCAAAGGUCGAUUAUACAAUGGAGGAUAUGCAAAAGAUCAUUAAUGAGCUCAAUAGCCGGCUGGAGAAGAGAGAAACCCAACUGUUAUCAGUCAGCAAGGAAAAGGCACUUUUAGACGAGACUCUCGACAACAUCCGAGAUGAACUCGUUAGAGUCAAGGAGGAAAGCAGCAGCGUGUCAUUGCUGAAAGACGAGUUCACACAUCGGAUAGCGGAAGCGGAGAGAAGGGCGCAGCUGGCAUGUAAAGAGAGAGACGCCACCAAAAAGGAUAUUAAAGCCUUGAAAGAGGAGCUGGCUACUAGACUCAAGUCCAGCGAGACAGCUGAGAUAAUGAGGGAAAAGGAUGAGCAAAUUAAAGGGCUCCUGGAGGAAGGAGAAAAACUUUCCAAACAACAACUUCACAACUCGAAUAUCAUCAAGAAGCUGCGAACCAAGGAGAAGGAGCACGAACUCACGAUCAAUAAGCAGACCAAGAAGAUCCGAGAGCUGGAGGAGGAAGUGCAGUUGUUAAAGCAGACUUUAGAUGGGAAGGAAGAGGUUGAGAAGCAGCAUCGUGAAAGCAUCAGAAAACUUAACAGUGUGGUUGAAAGACAAGAGAAGGAUGUGGGAAGACUACAGACGGAGCUGGACGAGAUCCAAGAAAAGAAUCGCAGUGUCCAGGCGGCUCUGGAUAGCUCCUACAGAGAGCUCGCAGAACUACACAGGGCAAAUGCCACUAAAGCCAGUGAAGCCCAGGAGGUGGCACUAAGCUGUGAAAUCAGAGCAAAAGAAGAGAUGUGUUUAGCGCUGGAGAAAGCAAAGGAAGAGUCUCAAAAACAGCAGGAGGCCUUGGCCAUUCAGGUGGCGGAUUUGAGGCUGGCGCUGCAGAGGGCAGAGCAGCAAGCUGCAAGGAAGGAGGAUUAUUUGCGGCAAGAAAUUGCUGAGUUACAACAGAGACUCCAAGAAGGCGAAUCUCGGAAUCAGGAACUAAGCCAAAGCGUCACUUCAGCGACUCGACCCUUACUUCGCCAAAUUGAGAAUCUCCAAGCAACAUUAGCGGCUCAGACUGCAUCCUGGGAGAAGUUGGAGAAGAAUCUUUCUGAUCGACUCACUGAAUCACAGACCUGGUUGGCAUCGGCAGUAGAGAAAGAAAGAGCCGCAACGGAGGAGCUUCUGUCUGUGAAAACUCAAAUCUCCGCCAUGGAGUCUCAGAAUAGCCUCCUCCGCCAAGAGAAGAGCCGUUUCCAAGCUCAGCUUGAGGUGGAGAAGUCCAGGUUAUCAAAUAUGGAAGAAGAACACAGCAGAAAUCAAGUGGAACUAGAGAAUUUGAAGAUGGAACACAAGAAAAUGGUUGACGAUGCUAAAAGAGAAAAGGCGCUGCUAAGCAGCCAACUAGAGAUGGAGAAGAUGAGAGUGGAACAGGAGAAAAAGAAGGUCCUGCUGGUCCAAGAGGCUGCCAAAGAGAAGGAGCGUAAAUCUUACGGAUUUCCCACUCCUGAGACUGGUGCCACCACUCCGACAUUGUCACGAUCCAGUUCUAUUAGUGGAGCAGAUUUGACAGGUUUACAGACAUCUCUGUUAUCACAGGAUUCCCAUGAUCCGCUUUACGGCCCAAUGACCAUGUCUGUCAGCAGCAGCAACCUGUACGAUGCUGUAAGGAUGGGAGCCGGCUCCAGUGUCAUUGAAAAUUUACAGUCCCAGUUAAAGUUGAGAGAAGGGGAAAUUGCCCAAUUGCAGCUUGAAAUUGGGAACCUGGAAAAAACUCGCUCCAUCCUUGCCGAAGAAGUCGUCAGAUUAAAUAAUCUCAACGACGAACUGGAAGAGAAGGUGAAGGAGAUCCCGAAACUGCACCUUCAGAUGAGGGAUUUGGACCAGCGAUACAACACCAUCCUGCAGAUGUACGGCGAGAAAGCCGAGGAGGCCGAAGAGCUGCGCCUAGACCUGGAGGACGUCAAAAACAUGUACAAGGCUCAAAUAGACGAACUAUUAAAGCAAAGACUCAACUAGUUUAUUAGAAGGAACUCCAGACGAUGAACACGUUUUAAUUAGAAAGUUGCUCCCCUUGUAAAUGUCCACAUCCUCUGUAUAAACGACGCGUGUACAUUCGGAGAUGAUUUUUAUUUGCCGCAUGUCGAUGGCAUUCUCAUUCCCCCCCACCCCCCCCACCCCCUCUUAAAUUAUUUUGUGUAGUAUGUAAAUGUACUCGGGAUCUAAAUUAAGACAUUUUUAAGGUUCCUUAAAUACAAAAUCAGUUCUGCGUAUUUGGGCCGCAUCUUGUUUCUUAGAUGAAUAUUCGUUCGAAGGUUGCUGAUCGGUGUCCAAGUCUAUGCGACGCUGAGGCCUGAAACGACGUAAUGUGCAGCGCAGACGUAAGAGACAAAACACACAAUGAACGGCAGCAGCGACGCAGUACGUACAGGUCCUUGAGUUGUCCGCUUCUGUUAAAGGGACGAUCCACCUUUUAUUGCUCCAUUGAAUCUAAAAUAAGAAAUGACGCAACUGUGGUCGUGGUCUUGUGUGAUAACGGCUCCUGUGCAGAUCAGUGUGUCUCCAUGGUAACAGACUACAAACAAACCCCGUGUUGUCUGAUCCUGGAGCUUCACGGCCAUCUGUUUGUGCUAUUCUGGAUGUAGGAAAGGAAGUUUGACUCCAGGGUCAGACCGUACCAGGGGUUCACAUCCCACGGCCAACAAUGCCUUUCUGUCUUGCCGUCAACCAUCUGGAGUACAAACUGGGGAUAGGGGAUCAUUUCAACCAACCGGAAUACCCCUUUAAGGGUUGUCACCCAGUAUUCAUAGACUCAGUGGGUGGUCUACAGUCAUGCAGUCUCACUUCUGUCAUAUUAAUGGUGGGUGACAACCUUGUUGGACAUAUGAUGUUGUCUAAAUUGGUUGUCACCCAUCUCUCCCAGGAGCAGAUGAAAUAGGUGAAUCUCAACAAUAACAUUUCAUGACUUUCAGCUGAAACAGUAAAAAAAAUAUAUCAAUAUAUAUUUUAGAGUUUGCACCUUUGCACUUUAAUAGGGUUCCCUGCUUCGGGCAAUCUCUGCCUCUUAGAAGGGUCCCCCCAUAAAUAGUAUUUGCUGACAGCAUCUUCUAGUAUCAUUAGAAACCCUGCAGAAGAAGAAGGAAAUUUUUCAAACAUCUUGGUAAUAAAAGAAAUGACGGAAACCCUCCGUGUCCAAGCUGGUGGUGCCCCCCCCCCCCAGCAGUGGCGAUUGUUGUUUUACGUAGAAGCCAUAUUUGCCACAUCUGCUUCAUUAAGAUGAGAUAUGCCAUAUCUUACUGAUCUGCAGCGCUCUGAUUGCUGUCACUUACACUGAUCUCUGAGGUCACGGCCGCAUGUAGCGGGUCCACAGCAGCCAAAUGGGGCUGAUAUAUAUACUGUAAAUGCUGUGGAUUUUCUGCUGCGGAUCAACCGCCGUACUCAGAGGGACCCUGCUGUCAGGUUGUGAUUGAUGCUGUGCUUUACUAGGGCGUUCUGGUCAGGGCCCCAUAGGUCAGACCCCUACAAGUCUGUAAUUUACUGCCUAUCCUCCUGAUACCGUAGUGAUGCCUAGUCUAACUGCGGUACGGGUUUCCUGACGCACGCCCCCUGCAUGUGCCCAGCUUCCCUUCCCUCACCAAAAAGGAAGGUAUCCCCAGUCUAUUGUCUUUAUUAUCACCCCCCUAUAUUUGCAAACAGCGAGUCCGCAAUAUACAGACACCAUUCACUUGAAUAGGUCCGCAAUCCGGAAGAUAGAGUGGAGUGCUUCAGUGGCAUUUCAGUCCGUGCCUCCGCACCGCAAAAAAAAUAGAACACACUCCAUUUCUUUGGGGUGCAGACGGAUAAUGGACCCAUUCAAGUUCAUCCGUCAGCGCAAGACACAUAGACUGUGCCCGUGCGUUAGGGACUGCAAGAUGCGGCAUGGGCUGUGCAUGAGCCCUUAUACAGGAAUGCUGAGUGCAGCUACGCGUAUUAGACUGUAAUCAUUAGAUGAUCCUCUAGAAACCGACUGUUAUGGGGAAUAAUGAACACUAAUUGAUAGGACGAGGCUGGCACCAUUACUGUAUGCAUAGUGAUAUCCUGGCAGAAAUGGAGGCUGAGGAUCCAUUAACUGAAUUUACGUGAUCGUUCUGCAGGACGGAAUCGAUCACUAGCUAAAGGAUAGAUAAUUCCAAUCAAGAUCUUCAGCUAGAUCCAUGGAGGAAGAUCACACUGUCGAACCGUGUGAUCCCUCAGCACCACUGACGUCCACAGCCCUUGGUUCCCUGGAUGCAGGCUCAGGCUUAUUUCCAUCAAGCGAUACGGAUUUUGCCAGGAUCUGUUUAGGGAUAGUUUUUCAUGCAAAUUCAAUCAUUUUUUUCUGGGAUUGUGUUCAGCGUUUCUGUUUUUUUCCCAGCACUGAUGCAGUUUUUCAUGCUCAUGGAAAAAAACAGAAGAAUAACACUCAACGUCCCCUACGAACCCCCCUGCUUUUCUCUUCUUGACCCGCUGCAUGUCGUUUGUUUGUGCAGAUUUCAGAGGUCUGGGGCAAAACUAGAUCAAAUCCGCAACAAAAACCGCAAGUAACACAUGCAGGUUUUGGGGGGGAUUUGGUGCGGAAACACAGAAAUCUGCAUGAAAAUCUAUGUGGAAAAUCCACACAUUGCAAAGGGUGAAAUCUGUGGCAGAAAUCCGGAACGUCCAUUGACGUGCUGUGGAAUUAAAAUCCUCAAGUCAUGUGGAUUCCAUUGCAGGAAGCUUUCCGCAGCGUGGGCGACACUUUUUAAAAUCUCACCCGCUGUGACGCUGCGGAUUUUCCACAUGCAAAUCUGCUACAGAAAAUCUGCAUCCGCCAUGCGUGGACGCGCCCAUACUGAUAUCUCUGAGCAGUGUCAAAGGGGUUUGUUUGGGAAGUCUGAUGGGGGCACAGACGUCACCCGUGUGAUCUUCUUCCAUGUUCUUGUGACCUAUCAUUUUGACAGCUUUUUAAAUCCCAUCAGAAAUGUAUAGGUGGGGGGUCGCUAAAUGUACGCGGGGGCUGCGAUCAGCAUUCUCUUCCUUCUAGGGAUCGGUCCCACCACUUGCUGGUUUUCCAAUGUAAUUAAACACGGAAAUGACGUGUGAUUCAGGUUAUUACAGUCCGUGCCCUCGGCAUAUGAUGUAAAGAGAAGUCCUAUUAAAGCCGUCUGAUCACA